GCUACUUCUGAAGAACUCAGAUCGUCCAAAUGUAGAAUCAUGGUGCCACAGAACUUGUUUGUUCUUUUAUGAAAGAAAACAUAAGGAUAUUCUAAUUUAUCAUUUGUGUUUUUAGAGAGUGAGGUGUUGUUGGUACAACGUCCAUUAAUUCUGUUGAAGGAUCAGCGGUGCGCAUGGAACAUAAAUAUACGAUAUACUAAUGAUGAAGCAUAACAACAGGAUCUGUGUACUUACUGAAAAUUGGAAAAAAGUGAAAUGAAGAUGCUCUAAAGAAUUCUGGAAGUUUAAAACUUUGUUAAUUUCAUCCUAGCGUAGAAGUGGACGACAAUGAAAGUUGUGUAUUAUGUUGUGAUGAUCUUGGUUCUAUCAGAGGGAGUGAUAGCGUGGUUUGGAAAGAAGCCUGCUAAUAAGAAAUGCUUGUUUGAGCCAUGCAAGGACUACUGCAGAAACGGAGGAAAUUGUACUCAAGACGAUUCAACGUGUAUGCCACUGAAAUGUGACUGUCCUCCAGGGUUUUCGGGUGGAAGAUGUGAGAAGAACAUGGAAAGUGUUACAACUACUGUGGAUUCCAGAUCAAACAUAAAUGGUUGUCAACUGCGUCCACUGGAAGAACGCAUGUGUUUUCCGUUCCAGUGUCAACAUGGCUACUGCAAUAAAACCAACAGGAAUCAAAAAUGUGUUUGUGACAAGAAUUGGACAGGUGAUAGGUGCACACGUAUGGACUGUUCGCCUUGUGGAAGCGGUGUAUCUUGUACAAAUACACCCUCUUGUGACGGUAUAAUUUGUGAAAGUCCUAGAACUACAAAGGAGGUCACAAGGCCACCGACAUCACCCUCAGCACUGAAUUUAAGACCACUUGCAGAACGUCUUUGUGCUCCAUCUUUUGAGUGUAUUCACGGGUUUUGCAGAAAUACAGGUGGAAUAAGCUGUGUUUGUGACAGAGGAUACAAAGGGUUAUUCUGCUCAGACAGUGUACCUACUACCACACCAACGGUAGAAGAAGAUGACCCCGACGUGUGUUCAGAGGAUUACAGCUUACGACCUCUAUCUGUUAGGAAUUGUUUUGCUGCCUUCACAUGCAAGUAUGGGGUUUGUGUUACAAAGCGUGGGGCUGUUGGUCCCCGGUAUUCAUGUGUCUGUGACCCUCACGCCAGUGGGGAAAAGUGUGAACACAAAUGUUGUCGAAAUUGUGGAGACUUCGGAAGUUGUGUUGUGAACAAUGGCGAACAGCUGUGUAAUUGUCAGAUGGGACAUUCCGGAGACUUUUGCAACAUUACUGUUACAGAAGCUGUUUCCGAGGAGCAGGUUUCUGACCGGCCAUCUAAUUGGGGUGCCUUAAUGGUGGGGAUAUGUGCUGUGGUCCUUGUCUUUCUCUUGCUGACGGUGGUAUUAAUACCCUACAUCUUAUGGCGCAAGGGAUUUGUUUUAAUCAUGAAAAUUGUGCACUUCUUCCAACCCUUUGAACAAAACGAUGGAAUGGAGUAUGACGCAAUUAUAAUGUACAGUGCUGAUUCCCAGAGGGACACCAGGAUUGCUAAGGACUUUCUGUACAGUUACCUUACACAGCAUUGUGGUUUUAAUGUUAAAGUAGAAGGACAUCGUCAAUCUACAGAUGAAAAUAUUAAAAACACAAUUAAGAAAAGCCGCAGACUUAUUCUUCUGUUAUCCAGUGACUUUAUUUACCAAGAAUGGCCAUCCCUUUCUGGUCAAAUUUCGGAAGAGAACUUUUUAAAAUUAAAAAAGCGGGUAGUACCUGUUCUUACAGAAGAGUCCAGUAAAAGUUGUAUCGGAUCUGAUGUACGUCUCAAAGAUCUGAUUUCAAGAAGUGUCUUCAUAAUUUGGUCAGAUGUGGAAGAGGAUAAAGCGAGGAAUCUAAAACGGAUAAAAUAUUCUCUUCCGAAAAAGAGAAGGGACUUUUGUAAGAAAACAGACCAAGAAAAGGCAAAAGUAAAUGUAGAAAUUGUAAAAAAUGGAAAUACUCAUCUCCAGAAUGGACGUGAAAGCUAUAUUUACACAAAUGGACAAAACGCUAUCUCUAAGAACGAACAAACUUCUCUGAGUUCAGUCGACUUCAACCAUAAUCCCUAUAAUUUGCCCUAUUAUAAGGAGUAACACAUACUGAAAUAUUGUGGUUGAAUGGUAACUUGUAAAAUUGAUUUAAAUUUACCUUUGAUGUUUUUUUUCUACAUAGCAAAAUGUAUAAAGACGCAAAAUGUAUAAACUUAGAUUGACGUAAAAUGUA